CUGACCACCGCUCCCAGUGGCGGGAAAGCCCCUCCUUCAGAAGGAACCUCGCUCCGGACAGGCCGCUGAUUGGUCGAGCUGGGCAGCUGGUGGGCGGGGCGGACACGCCCACAGUGUAGAACCCACAUAUAUAUAGUGGCCAAAUCUGCUUCACUGCUGAUAGGUGCCCAAAGGGUGCUUCCACCUGAGGACUUGCUUAGACAUUCGAGUUUUUUUCCUUCCUUCCUUCCUUCCUUUUUUUUUUUUUUUUUUUUUUAUUUUUGUUUGUUUUUUUUUUUCUCCUGUUGCCAACCUGUUGUCUUUCAGUUGACUUUCAACCCGGUCAGACUCGUAGUUCUGAGGAUUUUUGUGAUUCCUUCUGGAAGCUUGAGCAGCUCCCUUCCCCAAACGUUACACACCAAAUACCGCAGUGUCGGCCUGCAGCAAGAAGCAGAGUGCCAUGGAGCUGUCGGAUAUUUCCUUCCCCAUCACUUCUGCAGAUGACUUCUAUGACGAUCCUUGCUUCAACACGACCGACAUGCACUUCUUCGAGGACCUGGACCCCCGGCUGGUGCACGUGGGCCUGCUGAAGCCCGAUGAGCACCACCAUCACCACGGCAGCAACAGCAACGAGGACGAGCACAUCCGAGCUCCCAGCGGACAUCAUCAGGCCGGCAGGUGUCUGCUGUGGGCCUGCAAGGCGUGCAAGAGGAAGACGACCAACGCGGACCGCAGGAAGGCAGCCACUAUGCGCGAGAGGAGGCGCCUCAGCAAAGUCAACGACGCCUUCGAGACCCUCAAGAGGUGUACGUCCACGAACCCCAACCAGAGGCUGCCCAAGGUGGAGAUCCUGAGAAACGCCAUCAGCUACAUCGAGUCACUGCAGUCGCUGCUCAGGGGGCAGGAGGAGAACUACUACCCCGUCCUAGAGCAGUACAGCGGAGACUCGGAUGCUUCCAGCCCCAGGUCUAACUGCUCGGAUGGCAUGAUGGAUUUCAACGGCCCAACGUGUCCAACGAGGACACGGGAUGGCUAUGACAGUGCCUACUUCACCGAAACGUCCAACGAUUCCAAGAGUAACAAAAGUGCUGUCAUUUCCAGCUUGGACUGUCUGUCCAGCAUCGUGGAGCGCAUUUCCACAGAGGUGUCCUCCUGUCCCCCCCCACCAGCACCCGACGGUUCUGAGGGCAGUCCUUGUCCCCCCCCAACAGACAGCGGAGCCACGGUCCCGUCCCCCACCUGCCCCCCGGCACCCCAUGACCCAAACCCAGUCUACCAGGUCCUAUGAAGAAGGGGGAGGGGGGCAUUAUGAUUAAUAUACAUUCUUCAACAUGACUGAAUCCAUUUUUAAAAAGGAGAGGAGAAAGCGAUGGACUGAGUUACCAUGUGGAGCUGAUGAAGAGGAGGAUCAGCCAAGUUUUCAUUCUGUUCCACUAAUAGAAAGGAGGGUGUCCAGUUCCUUAAAGGAGACGUGUCCCCGAGCUUAUUUUUACACCGUGACACUGUACAUUAUACACGUGUGUAUGUGUAUAUAUACACACACAUAAACAUACAUUAUCCACAUUGUACAUAUACGUGUGUAUGUAGUCAUGACACAAUGCUAAAUUGCAUCCAGUAUUAUAGUGGAAUGUAGUUCCACCCACAAGGACAUUUGGACAAGGACUUCUCCCUCUCAUCUCCUUCAUGCAGUUUUGUGCUGAAAAUCAGAACAAGUGAAUAUGGAAAUGAGGACCAUUUUUGUACAUUUGUAAUUAAUUUUUUUUUUUUUUUUUUUUUGCUUU